AUGAACAGAAUCAUCUCACGGUCUGAGGUUGAAGACAGGAUUUCUAAGGGUCAGGCUAUUGUCAUCUUUAAGGACUAUGUUUUGAGACUAGAUAAAUGGAUUAAAUACCAUCCCGGCGGUGACAAAGCCAUUCAUCACAUGAUUGGAAGAGAUGCUACUGAUGAAAUGAAUGCGUAUCAUUCGGACGAAUCGGUGAACCAGUUUUUGAGGUGGAAAAUAGGUAAAAUUGAUCACAAGUGGGAGAAUUUUCUUCCCCCGAUUCAGGGAGGAAAUUUUGUAGCUAUAGAGGAAAGGACAGGAAAUGAGGCUAGCAAUCUCAUUUAUCAAUGGCGAGUAGAGGAUACCUCGGAUCAAUUUGAAAACAUUGAAAAGUCGAAGCAUAUGUGUGGUGAACCUGAUGUAAAGAUUUAUCCGAGAAUACCCCAAGGUGUCGUUCCUUCGUUGAAUCUCCACGAGGCCUUCGAGAAGGAAAUCGUUACUGAUCCAGCUAUUUUAGUCAAGAACUACGAUAAUGACCUGGUUCGUAGAGAUCUCGAGAUGCUUCCAAGUUUAGAUCCAAAAACGCAGGAGUGGCUUUCUGAAGAAUACAACUUGAUGCAUAAAGACAUCAUACAAGCAGGGCUGUACCAAUGCGAUUACUUUAGAUAUUUGAAAGAGUUUUUAAGAAUUGCUUCUCUAUUCGGUUUAUCUUACUAUCUUUUAUACCAUCGUGAUUUGAAGUUUUGGAGUGCGAUCGCGAUGGGAGCAGCUUGGCAGCAGUUGGUUUUCAUCGCACAUGAUGCAGGUCAUAUCGCGAUAACCCAUAACUACCAAAUAGACAAUAUCAUCGGCAUGGUAAUAGCAUCAUGGAUCGGUGGUCUCUCCCUCGGGUGGUGGAAAAGAAAUCAUAAUGUUCAUCAUUUGAUAACAAACGACCCAAUUCAUGAUCCUGAUAUUCAGCAUUUGCCAUUUUUCGCAGUCAGUACGAGGUUAUUCGGUAACAUUUACUCAACAUACUACGAGAAAUUUUUAUGGUUUGAUAAGUUCGCUCAAAAAAUGGUACCAUUGCAAAGCUAUUUGUACUACCCUAUCUUAGCAUUCGGAAGGUUCAACCUCUAUAGGUUAAGUUGGAUGCAUGUCCUUCUAGGUCUGGGCCCACGUCGAGGAAAAGCUGCAUGGUUUCGAUACUUUGAACUAUGUGGACUAAUCUUUUUCAACUAUUGGUUCUUUUAUUUAUUGGUAGGGUGCCGUCUGCAUUCUGGAUGGGAGAGAUUCCAAUAUAUCAUAGUCUCUCACAUCACAACAAUGCUUGUACAUGUUCAAAUCACACUAUCGCAUUUUGCAAUGUCAACAUCAGACUUGGGAGUUAGUGAAGGAUUUCCAAUGAGACAAUUACGCACAUCUAUGGAUGUUGACUGUCCACGAUGGUUGGAUUUUUUGCAUGGUGGUUUACAAUUUCAAGUCGUUCACCACCUUUUUCCACGUUUACCAAGACAUAACUUGAGAAAGGCACAACCUUAUGUUAUAAAAUUUUGCGAAAAGGUCGGUAUAAAAUAUUCAAUUUAUGGUUUUGCCAAAGGUAACGAUGUGGUACUUGGUAAGCUGGAAGAAAUAGCACGGCAAGCCAGGACUAUGAUUGAUUGUGCAAAGACUAUGAAGGAAGAAGCUAUUUCUGAAAGUAAAAAUUCUAACCAUUUUAAGGAUUCAAACAGAUCAACGAAAAUAGCAUAG